AUGUCCUUCUUCAUCUGGACUGAGCAGCGGCUGGCGGCCACUGGGUUCCGUGACACCUAUGUGGUGAGUGUGGGCACGAGGUCGAAGGCCGUGUGUCGGCGGCAGGACAAGGAGGAGGCGGAGCGCAUCAUGAAAAAGCUGGAGGCCAGCCAGCUGAGCACGGUGCCGGAGCUCAAAAACUUCCUGAAGCAGGUGCUGCAGGACGAGGCCAAGCCAGUCCUGAGCGAGGACCUGCUGCAGGCUGCAGGGGAGAACAAGACUGCAGCCGCCGUGCCAAAGCGUGUUCAAGAGGAGGAUCAGCCGGCCGAGAGCACGGCCCAAAAGGAGCCGGAGCCGGCCGAGAGCACGGCCCCAAAGGAUAUGAAGAAGGACGAGCCACCCGCUAGCACGCCCGAAAAGGCUGCGAAGAAGGACCCCAUGACUCCGGAGAAGACGAAUCGCACCACCUCUUUCGUCUACAAGAUCUGGGGCAGUCCCAAGACCAAGAACCCUUGCAAGGAGCCGGUUGCGAGUGAAAAGGCCAAGAUCACCGUAGCUGGUACCAAGAAGUACAAGGAGUGCAAGAUCUGCUCCUUGGAGAAGUGCCCCGCAGGUGUGAAGCAAAAGCGUCACGGCAGCUCGUGCAGUUUUUGCUGGAAUCGCUUGCAGUAUUACUGCCGGCGGUAUGGGCUGAAGCACACGUCCAUCGAUCUGUUGACUGAUCUCCAGCGUGGUUAUCUCGUGAGUGACAGCAAGCGUCUGCGAGAGCAAGUGCUUGCAGAGGUGGCCGCGAAGGCCGCCCGCAAAGCGGCCCGCCGAAGCCGAGAGAAUGCCGCCGCUUCGGAAACAUCGUCCCAAUCUUCGGCCCCAAAGAAGCGCAAGAGGGACCGCGCCAAGACAUCCGAGCCGAAGCAGACAGCCAAGCCAGACAGCCAGGCAACAUCCGAGCAAGUCCAGCAGAAGAAGAAGAAGACCAAGUGGCGGCAUGAAAUUGAUAAUCUUGUACGCCGGCCCUGCAGGCGGCGGGUCCAACAACAUGGUGCUCGCCGCCCCUGCCUCCAGCGCUGCCUGCAUGUCAGUCAAGCUGCCAAUGGUGUUCUCUCUGGCGUAGUCGGCCACCCAGCGUCUUUGCAGGCCAAAUGCCCCAUCGCAUCUUCCUUUUCCGUGGUGCUCAGCAUGGAAAUUGAGAGUGGCGGUCUCGAAGCGCCCCUCGCAUUGCUGCUUCACCUCCCACGCGAACUCAUAACAGCGAAAGUGAGGCCCACAGUCGGCCCAUAUACUGAGUUCCGUGUGCUGCUCUGUGAGUGGAAGGCGGCGAAGCAAGUCUCGCAACGCGGCAACUGCAUGACUGGCAUCAUGGUUGAGGAUCUGGCUGAUCCGCCGAAGUCGGCGGAAAUCCGCAAACUGGACGCGGGGCCUACAUCCUUGUCCAUUGAGUAUACCUAUUGCAUCCAGUUCCAGCAAGGCAGGCGUGGUGUCGAAUUGUACAAUCUUGUUUUCUCGGACAGGGUUCGUGGGGAGCGCAUUCUGCCUCUGGACUUUGUUACAGUGAAGACUGAUGCUAAAUGGCGGCUGAGCUAUCGCCAAACUCAGCCCGAAAAAGACCCUCUGAAUGUGGCAAUCCUCGCCCGCAGACGCGCUAAACAGCUCUCCUGCGCUUCGCCAGAGAGUGCUCACCGGCGAGGUUCCUACAUGAAAGCUCUGCUGCGGAGGGAGCGAGAAGCUGCAAAGCGUAAGGCCAAGGUCUUGCGCACCAGAGCCGCUCUAGCAGUCAACUUGGCUGAAAGGUCUGAUAGCAGUAGCUCCAGCAGCAGCAACAGCAGCGCGGAGUGA